UUGUAAACCCCUUCGCGCACCCGCCGGAAGCAGUCUGUUAACACGAGGUCCUCAGAGUGACAGUCUCUGGGUGAACUCUUGGUGAGUCGGUUAGCGUGAUGCCAAAGGCCAAGGGCAAGACUCGGAGGCAGAAAUUCGGUUAUAACAUCAACCGAAAGCGCCUGAACCGGAAUGCUCGUCGGAAGGCAGCGCCGCGGAUCCAGUGCUCCCAUAUCCGACAUGCGUGGGAUCACACCAAAUCUGUACGGCAGAACCUGGCGGAGAUGGGUCUGGCCAUGGAUCCCAACAAGGCGGUUCCCGUCCGUAAGAGAAAGGUGAAAGCCAUGGAGGUGGACGUGGAAGAGAGGCCCAAGGAGCUUGUACGGAAGCCCUAUGUACUAAAUGACCUGGAAGCUGAGGCCAGCCUCCCAGAAAAGAAAGGGAAUACCUUGUCCCGAGACCUCAUCGAGUACGUGCACCACAUGGUGGAGAACUAUGGGGAAGACUACAAGGCCAUGGCCCGGGAUGAGAAGAAUUACUAUCAAGACACCCCAAAACAGAUUCGGAAUAAGAUCAACGUCUACAAGCGUUUUUACCCAGAGGAGUGGCAAGCCUUCCUUGAUUCUUUGCAGAAGAAUAAGAUGGAGGUUGAAUGACUCGGGCCUGAGGCCUCCUCCUGGACCAAAGAAGCUUCAGCUAGGGUGUAAGACUUCAGAUGAUGCUGGCUGAUCCUGUGGGAUCAGGUUACACACACUCACGUCCCUUGGAGGAGGAACUGUGUUUGAGGCGCUAGUUGAAUUUGCAGGGAUCCUCUUGCCUUAGCUGAGAUACAGGUGUGUGCCACCAUGCCUAGCUUUAAGACAUCAAUUUAUAUUUUUUCCUUUUUUUAAAUUUUUUGAGUACUUGAGAUUGGACUCAGGGCUUUGUAUAUGUUAGGUGAGCACCUCUAUUACUGACCUACAUCCCAGCCUUCCAAUUUAUAUUAUUUUGGGGGCUCACGGAAAGCCAGAACUUGCUGUUUUUAGAGUGGGUACUUUAUUUGAAUCGAGUCUAUACAUAAUAAAACCAAGGAUAUUUUUCUUCUCCGA